AUGGCAACUACCGAAGCUCUCCCCCGUCUUCCCGAGGACAUUACUGCCGAAUGGCUCUCCCCCAAGAUUGGUCUCAAAAAUGCCAAGAUUGAAGUGAACAAGACCGUCGCUGGCACUGCAACCUUGGUGCUCGUGACCGCCACACCCGAGGAUGAUGACGAGAAGAAGCUAAACGUCUGCGUCAAGGGUGGCUUCAACCCUACUAUGCUGUCGCAGUUCCCCUUCAUCUUGUCGCUCUACACUCGCGAGGUUGACUUUUACAACAACCUAGCACCUCGAGUACCUCAUCUCAAUGUGCCAAAGAAGCUGUGGGCUGAGAAGAACUCAGAGAACGCCGUCCUGAUUAUGGAGGACAUCGGUGCUGCAGGCUAUUCAUUUGCCGACCCCGUCGACACAUGGCCCGUUCACCGUGUCAAGAAGGUCGUCGAGGACUUUGCCGCCCUGCACGCUGGCACCUGGGGAUUCGACGCCACUAGCGUCCCCUGGUUGGACAGUCACUACGAAACCUCAGUGCUAGGACUCUGCGCAAUGUGGGAUGCGAUUGUGCUGGCUGAAGAUCGGCCUCCUGUGCCCGAGUACAUGAAGGACCAGAAAAAGAUGACAGCCGCCAUAGAGAAGUGGUUCGCCACCCGGAAUCCAAAGUUCCAGUGCAUUCUUCACGGAGACGCACAUCUGGGCAACAUGGCGUGGUCCGAAGAGAAGGAUGCACCCAUGGUUCUCGACUGGCAAAUCAUCCACUCCGGAUCGUGCUUCACAGAUGUUGCCUACUUUGUCAUGACAGCGCUCACAAUUGAAGAUCGCAAGGAGCACGAGAUGGAUAUACUCGACCACUACCUCGCCAAGUUGCACGAAUUUGGUGGACCAAAGCUCUCGAGGGAUGAUCCUGAAGUUAUGGAAGAGUAUCGCAAGUCUUUGAUGGCAGGAUACUCUUGGGUCCUCUGCCCUUAUACUAUGCAGAAGAAGGAGCGAGUAUGGGCUAUUGUGUCGCGGUUGGUACCGGCUAUGGAGGAACACAACCCGGUCGAACUUCUAGAGAAGGAAUAG